AUUAAAAUUAUUUUUGUUUUAUAUCAAGAAAUGGAUGAAAAGAGGCUGCUGGAUCCAGGGUUGAAAGUUCGUAAAGGCCUCUGGGAUUAUACUCUGAAGAGCCAGCAGAUGGAAUGCCUGAGUGACUGAAGAAAAUGGGUGCUAAUGCAUCUAACUAUCCUCAUUCAUGUUCCCCGAGGGUAGGGGGAAAUUCUCAAGCCCAACAGACUUUUAUAGGAACAUCAUCCUAUUCUCAGCAAGGCUAUGGUUGUGAAUCAAAACUAUAUAGCCUUGACCAUGGCCAUGAGAAACCACAAGACAAAAAAAAGAGAACCUCUGGCCUUGCCACCCUCAAAAAGAAGUUUAUUAAACGUCGAAAAUCUAAUAGGUCUGCUGAUCACGCCAAACAGAUGCGAGAACUCCUCUCUGGGUGGGAUGUUAGAGAUGUCAAUGCAUUAGUGGAGGAAUACGAGGGAACUUCAGCCUUAAAGGAGCUUUCUCUACAAGCCAGUUUGGCUAGACCAGAAGCCCGGACAUUGCAGAAAGAUAUGGCCGAUCUUUAUGAGUAUAAAUAUUGUACUGAUGUGGACUUAAUAUUUCAAGAAACUUGUUUUCCUGUUCAUCGUGCCAUUUUGGCAGCAAGGUGUCCAUUUUUUAAAACACUGCUUUCCUCCUCACCUGAGUAUGGGGCAGAGAUCAUAAUGGACAUCAAUACAGCUGGUAUAGAUAUGCCUAUGUUUUCUGCUUUGUUACACUACCUUUAUACGGGAGAGUUUGGAAUGGAGGACUCAAGGUUUCAAAAUGUCGAUAUCCUGGUUCAGCUUAGUGAAGAAUUUGGAACACCAAAUUCCCUUGAUGUAGAUAUGCGUGGACUUUUUGAUUACAUGUGUUAUUAUGAUGUCGUCCUUAGUUUUUCUUCAGACUCCGAACUGGUUGAAGCUUUUGGUGGAAAUCAGAACUGUUUAGAGGAAGAGCUCAAAGCUCACAAGGCUGUUAUCUCAGCACGGUCCCCAUUUUUUCGAAAUCUGUUGCAAAGGAGGAUACGAACUGGUGAAGAAAUCACAGACCGAACUUUGAGGACUCCCACAAGAAUUAUAUUAGAUGAGUCCAUUAUACCAAAAAAAUAUGCAAAAGUUAUAUUACACUGUAUGUAUACCGACGUGGUGGACCUCUCCGUUUUGCACUGUAGCCCCUCUGUGGGGAGUCUCAGUGAAGUUCAGGCUCUCGUCGCAGGGAAACCAAACAUGACCAGGGCAGAAGAAGCCAUGGAACUUUACCACAUAGCACUGUUCUUGGAGUUUAACAUGCUUGCACAAGGCUGUGAGGAUAUCAUUGCUGAGAGCAUCUCAUUAGAUACCUUAAUUGCCAUCCUCAAGUGGAGUUCUCAUCCAUAUGGCUCUAAAUGGGUGCACCGACAAGCUUUACAUUUCCUCUGUGAGGAAUUUUCCCAGGUCAUGACUUCGGAUGUUUUUUAUGAGCUCAGCAAAGACCAUCUGCUUACUGCUAUCCAGUCUGACUACCUACAGGCAAGUGAACAAGAUAUCCUUAAAUAUCUGAUUAAAUGGGGUGAGCACCAGCUGAUGAAAAGAAUAGCAGACAGAGAGCCAAACUUACUGAGUGGCACUGCUCAUAGUGUGAACAAAAGAGGUGUAAAAAGACGAGACCUGGACAUUGAAGAGCUUCGAGAGAUCCUUUCUUCUCUCUUACCUUUUGUUCGAAUUGAACACAUCUUACCUAUAAACAGUGAAGUCCUAAGUGAUGCAAUGAAAAGAGGCUUGAUUAGUACUCCUCCAUCAGAUAUGCUUCCUACAUCAGAAGGUGGAAAGUCAAAUGCCUGGUUACGGCAAAAAAAUGCUGGAAUAUAUGUUCGUCCUCGACUCUUCUCUCCCUAUGUGGAGGAAGCAAAGUCAGUGCUAGACGAGAUGAUGGUGGAACAAACAGAUCUUGUGCGUUUGCGAAUGGUUAGAAUGUCCAAUGUGCCUGACACUCUUUACAUGGUCAGUAAUGCCGUACCACAGUGCUGUCACAUGAUCAGCCACCAGCAGAUCAGCAGUAACCAGUCAAGCCCUCCUUCGGUGGUAGCCAAUGAAAUUCCAGUUCCUCGUCUCCUCAUUUUGAAAGACAUGGUCAGGCGUCUGCAGGAGCUCCGACACACUGAGCAGGUGCAGAGAGCCUAUGCGCUGAACUGCGGGGAAGGCGCCACAGUCAGCUAUGAAAUCCAGAUUCGGGUACUGAGAGAGUUUGGCCUUGCUGAUGCUGCUGCAGAGCUCUUGCAGAAUCCUCACAAGUUCUUUCCUGAUGAACGUUUUGGGGAUGAAAGUCCACUCUUGACGAUGAGACAGUCUGGGAGAUGUCGUGUUAACAGCAAUCCCACUGCAGAAACCAUGUUUACAGAUCUAGACUCUUAUGUGGCCUUCCAUCCACCCUUGCCCCCUCCACCACCUCCGUACCACCCCCCAGCUACCCCCAUCCAUAACCAACUCAAAGCAGGCUGGAAGCAAAGACCUCCCAGUCAGCAUCCUUCACGUUCGUUUUCUUAUCCCUGUAAUCAUUCGCUGUUUCACUCCCGAACGGCUCCUAAAGCCGGCCCCCCUCCAGUCUACCUGCCAGGUGUUAAAGCAGCGGCACCUGACUGUACCAACACCGCGGGACUGGGGAGACAGACGGUAGCUGCUGCCGCUGCCGCCGCCGCCGCCGCCACCACCGCCACCACCACCUCAGCAGCAUCUGAGAAACAAGUGUGUACACAACCUGUGCUAAAUGAUCUAAUGCCAGAUAUCGCCAUGGGUGUGUCCACACUGUCACUCAAGGACAGGAGGCUUCCAGAACUUGCUGUAGACACAGAAUUAAGCCAGUCAGUUUCUGAAGUAGGACCAGGGCCUCCCCAGCAUCUGUCGUGUGCCCCACAGAGGCAUAUACACACGUCUCGAAAGAAACACACACUAGAGCAAAAAACAGAUGCUCGAGAAAAUCAGGAAUAUCCAGAUUUCUAUGACUUCUCAAAUGCUGCUUGCAGACCUUCUACUCCCGCUCCUGGCAAACGUACCCCUUCCCCUUCGCAAGGUGGAUAUUUUGGUCCUGAUUUGUAUAGCCACAAUAAGGCAUCACCAAGUGGCUUAAAGUCAGCCUACCUACCUGGCCAGACCUCUCCUAAAAAGCAGGAAGAAGCUAGGAGAGAAUAUCCACUUUCCCCUGAUGGGCAUCCACAUAAACAGAAGAAUGAGCCGAUACACCUCGAUGUCAUUGAGCAACCUCCCCAGCGGUCAGACUUUCCUCUGGCAGCCCCAGAAAAUGCUGGCAGUGGUCUAGCACAUGUCAGGGGACGGACAGCGGUAGAAACUGACUUGACUUUUGGGCUGACUCCUAACAGACCUUCACAUUCUGCAUGUAGCUCUGAAGCUCCAGAAGAGCGAUCCAAUAGAAGGCUAGCAGACAGUGAGUCCCUGGGCCACGGAGCUCAGCGCAAUACAGAUUUGGAAAGGGAGGAUUCAGUAAGCAGAGGAAGGAGGUCACCAAGCAAACCAGACUUCCUCUACAAAAAGUCUGCCCUUUGAGAGCAACCUCCAAGUCGCCUGUGCCUGAGAUGUGAAACAUCCCAUUUUAUGAUGUAACCCAGCAACUUAGAGACCAGUUGAUUGAUGCCAGCUGAUAACUCAGUUUCACGUUAUUUUAUUCCAGUUUUUGUACAUACAUGUUUAUUAGACAUGGCAUGCUAAGAGGGUUAUUUUGAAUGCUGCAUCUGUCUAUUUUGUGUUUGAACAAUUGUGUGGGGAAGCAUUUUUAAGAGCAAGCAAGCUGGCACUUUUUUUUCUCUCUUUACAGAUGAUGAAAUUUUUUGCACUUGUACAUUUAUUUUAUCUGUAUUGAUUUUAUAUCAGUAUGUUAAACUUUAUCGCCACAUUUAAAGGACUAUUUUCAUACUUUUUGCAUUUUACCAUUCAUCUACCAAUUUCCACGUGCAUUGGAUUGCACACGAAGAUGUAUUUUCUUAUGAAAUAGUUCUGUGUUUAUUUUUUAAUUAUAGAAAUUCCAAAGAACAGCACAUCAAAAUGCUCCUCUCUUUUCAAUAAUUGUUUUGGUUCAGAAAUCUUCCUGCUCAGUUCCUAUUAAUCUGUUGUCAUUUUUUUAAUAAGCCUUGGGAGCUGGUCUUCGUUUCUUCAGUGGUAAUCCAAUCAGGAUCCUGGAGUUUUCUAGUUCAGUAGAGAACAGGAAGGAAAAAAGCCUUUUGUACCCAGGCUGAAAAGCUCUUGCUGUGUUCACAGUGUGGACUCUGUCCGAACCACUGCAGGUUCUGGUAUAUGGAUUAGAGGAUCUGAGACGAGAUUCCAAAGAGAUCAGAGUUUUUGGAAUCCUAAAGCCGUGGAGAUAGUAAAGUAACUUACAGGUUGCACUACGGGAUUUCUGGUUCUGAGUGUCAUCGGCUCUCCAGCUGACAUGGGGAAAUGACUGCUUGCUGCCUUCAGUUGUCUUGCGCUCUGUGAGAAAACAAAAAACAAAAGGGCUUCAGUCUUACGGAUGUCACUUGGUGUUUGUAAGCAUAUGUUUUCUUUUAAAUGUUUUUUAAAGUGUGUCUGAAUUUUGGUGUCCUAUAAAAAGUUGUAUGAUGCAUAAUGCUUCAUCACCAAAAGAGAAAAACCAUAUUUUUCAGUGAAACACUACAUGUCCUACUUGAACUCCACCGGGGACGCUGGUUUGGGAUUUUACUGAACCACUGAGCACAUGGGAUCUUUUAAGAUCCUCUCCCUUGGAAGGGCAAUGUGUGAGCUAAGGACUUUCUUUUUACUCUCCAAUGUAAAUAUAUUAGUAUUUGAGUUUUUAAAUCACUUCAACAUUAUUUGAGCUUUCACUUUGUAUUUUUACACACACAGCCGUAGCACUUAGAAGAAAAGAGACUUUCUGCACAUUCCCUCAUGUGAAGGAUGUUUGGGAGCCUCUUUUAUGUGUGUGUGUGUGUAUAUAUAUAUAUAUAUAUAUAUAUAACUAUGAAUCACUGACACUCUAAAACUAUGCAGGGCUAGGGAGCCUUUACAAGCUACCAUAUAAAUGAAUUACAUGCACUUUUAAGUCAAUAGGUUUCUAUUGGGUGUCAACAACUCUGAUUUCUCCCAAAACUGUAGAUUCCCUUACAGUCUUUUCCUACUUUACCCUGUGGUAUACACUCAGGAAUAAUCUGACAUUUUAAAAAACCCGAGCAGUAGGUCAUCUCAGAGACAGGAAACAUCAGUCUGUCUGUGUAUGCUGGCACGCUGCUGCCUCCGUCUGUUCCCGACUUGUUAGCUGCUGCUGGUGCGUCGUCCUGUCGUGAUGUUGCGUACUGAGUGCCAGAGUUAACACUAACCUACUGUAAGGUCGGCCGUGCAUCGCCUUUGAGGCUCCCUUUUUUAAAGAUAGACAAACAGGACUGACUCUGUUCUCAUUUUUAGGAGGUCUGACUCUAUAAUAGAUGAUGGUGUCUUUUGAAGCCAAUCUCAGUCUGUCUCUCAGAAAUGAAAAUUGUUAAUUCCAUUAUAUUCCUUAAUGUGUGUUUAUAUACCUGUGCUGACAUGAAUUAUUUUGAUGUAGUUUUAAAUGUCUAUUCUGAAUUCAGACUGUACUUCAGAUAAGAGUAAGUAGAGUUAAUUUGGAUGGGAAAAACUUUAUCUCUUUUUUUUUUUUUUAAAGACAAGAAGUAUUGGUGGCACACGUGUAUUUUUCUGAAAAUUCAUUGAAUAUUCUUUCAUAUCCCCAAAGUGUAAUUAUAAAAAUAAGUGGC